UGUACACACGGGCUCUGGCCACUCGAACCUUUCUGCUGCGAAAUCCGCAACCUUUCAGAACUCGGGUAGCCUGGGCGCUUCCAGAGGCGGCGUCCCUGCUGGUUCUCCAUUCUGCAUCCGUGCAGCCACGUUCUAUUGAUGGCCUGUUGUGAUUUCAAUGGAACAUCAUGGGAUGUACCUGGCACGUCGGGCAGCACUGGAUGGAGGUGCCUUUAGCCCAAUGUACCUGGCAUGGUGGUAAGGUGAAGGUGAGAGGAAGAGAAGGUGGAGAUGGAACUGCCAAAUCAUGCCAAACAACUGCUACUGCAGCUGAACCAGCAACGAGCCAAAGGUUUCCUCUGUGAUGUGAUCAUUGUGGUAGAAAAUGCCCUGUUUCGUGCCCAUAAGAACAUCCUGGCAGCCAGCAGCAUGUAUUUCAAAUCCCUUGUCCUGCAUGACAACCUGAUAAACUUAGACACCGACAUGGUGAACCCAACCGUGUUCCGGCAGAUCUUGGACUUUAUUUAUACUGGUAAGCUCUUAACGACUGACCAGCCUGGUGAACAGAACUUUAAUGCUCUCCUCACCGCAGCAAGCUACCUCCAACUGCACGACCUGGCAGCUCUCUGCAGAAAGAAGCUGAAGCGGAACAGCAAGUCCUUUGCUGGCAAGGCCGGUGGCCUUGGUGUUGGGAGAUCUGCCAGGAGUCAGAGACUUUCCACUGCUUCAGUCAUCCAAGCUCGCUAUUCAGGGUCAAAUGAGGGGCUGAAGGGCUCGCACUCAAAGGAGCUGUCAAAGGGAAAGCUCUCUGAUGACGAGGUCUUCAUCAGCAGCUCCAACCAAGAGAACUGUCACUCCUUAAGCAGGGGAACCAGCAAGAAUGGCGGUGGGAGCAGCAGUGCGAAUGGGAGCACCGGUGACCAGGAGCUAGGCCUCGACUUGUCCAAAAAAAGCCCCUCGCUCCCUGCCGCAGCCUCCCAGGAUGACACGCAGCACAGCGAAAGCCAGCACGGCUCUCCCCAAUCUGCCUCAGCCCCUGCAGCCAACAGUGCCUCAUUGUUCGACGAGUCUGGUGUCGGAGCCCCCCACAGCAUGGCAGACAGCAGCGACCCCAUGGAGAUGGAUCUGAGCGAGGAGUGCCACCACUCACUGACAGAGAGCGGCCAGCGCAAGGGCCUCCGGCACUCGUCCCGCAAGAAGGAGUGGAUCAAGAAAGACAACGCCUUUGACCGAAAGGAAGGGGGCAAAGAGAGGGACGAGGGUGAAGGGCUGCCCAAUGGUAUCCUGCUGGGGCCCUUGUCCAAGUCUGUGGAGAGGAGUCUGGCUGGGGCCUACGGGGCAGACCUGCCCUACCCAUGUAAGGAGGAGGUAGAAAACGGUAAGGAGAACAGUGACGACAGCGGCCAGAGCGAGAGUGAGAGCGGCGGCCAUACCAGUGCCAAUUACGUCUACCGGCAGGAGGGGUUUGAGCCAGUGGCCUACGGUGACAACCUGUAUGUCUGUAUCCCCUGUGGCAAAGGCUUCCCGAGCUCCGAGCAGCUCAAUGCCCACGUGGAAACGCACACCGAGGAAGACCUUUACAUCAAGGAGGAAGGCACAUAUGGCAGCAAGGAUGAAGCUGAGGAUUUGUCCAACCCCAAUCAGUCCUACGCUGCGGAGUCCCGGCCCUUCAAGUGUUCAGUGUGUGAGAAGAGCUACAAGGAUCCAGCCACGCUGCGGCAGCACGAGAAGACUCACUGGCUGACGCGGCCCUUCCCUUGCAACAUCUGUGGCAAGAUGUUCACGCAGCGGGGCACCAUGACACGGCACAUGCGCAGCCACUUGGGGCUCAAGCCCUUUGCUUGCGAGGAAUGUGGGAUGCGCUUUACCCGGCAGUACCGACUAACAGAGCAUAUGCGUGUCCACUCAGGAGAAAAACCUUACGAAUGUCAACUGUGUGGUGGGAAAUUCACCCAGCAGCGCAAUCUGAUCAGCCACCUGCGAAUGCAUACCUCUCCCACAUAAGCCAAAGACUCCAGAAUGAGCUUCAAGCCCAUCCGCAGUGAUUUACCUUUCUGUAGACUUGCUGCUUAAAAAAAAAAAGAAAAAAAGAAAAAAAACAAAACAAAAAAGGGGGCAACUCCCCAUACUCUGUUCAG